GGCAUCAAGCACCUAGCUAUGGACAUUGUGUUUGUGUGCCGUUGAUUUUGUGCGUGUGUGCCUGUGUGUGUGUGUGUGUGACACUGUGUGUAAGUGUGUGUGUGUGUGUGUGCUUCUGUGUGUCACCGUGUGUGUGUGUACAAAGGAGACAGAGAGAGAGAGAGAGAGAGAGAGAGAGAGAGAGAGAGAGAGAGAGAGAGAGAGAGGGAAACGGAGAGAUGCAGUUCCUUAAACCAGUACGUACUUUGAGUACGAAUCUAGCCAUGACUAAGAAAUCGUUCUUGUCCACAUCCCUCCCUAGCAGUGGGGACGAGAAGGUGAGGAUGGGGAAGGCGUUUCUAGAGGGUGAAGGGGGCAUCGUGCAAGACAACACCGAGGCAGCAAAGUGGUUUGCAAGAGCGGCGAGGGAGGGGCAUGCGGAAGGGCAGUACUGGUUUGGCAGAAUGCUUUAUGAGGGAAAAGGGUUCGAGCAGGACUCUGUCAAAGCCAUUAAAUGGCUGCGAAGGUCGGCAAAGCAGGGACUCCCUGAGGCAUUCUGGAUGCUGGGAAAGAUGUACCAGACUGGGAAUGGGAUGCGCAAAAGUAGUGCCAAGGCAUUCAGUUACUUUCAAAUUGCGGCUGAGCAUGGCAUCUCCGAUGCACAUUAUGAGCUCGGAAAUUGCUUCCAGUCAGGGAUCGGUGUGGACAAGAAUGCUGAGAAAGCACGAAUGCAUCAUCUGAUUGCAGCGCAAAAGGGACAUGCACUGGCAUGUGGCAAAUUGCCAAAGGAGUUGUGCGAGGUGCUUUUGGUAUGUCAAAGAAUAGCAUCUGGGAAGAACGGCUGCACUCUGAAUUCGUCCAGCGCAGCACGACCCACCACCCUAUGGGGAGAGGAUAUCAACCGUGCCAGGUCAUCGGGGGGUAAUCGAGUGCCGAGAGCGCAGCGACGUGGCGGAGAGGUUCAGCCGAGGCGAUCCAGAUCGUUGGAGGCUUUGAGCCAUCUCAAGGCCCAGCAUGGCGAAGGAUGGGGUUGUCGUCAAGCCAUAGCCGAUGACUGGCACUUCAUCCUUCCUCGAACGCGGAGUGAAGAAGGAGGAGGAGGAGGAGGAGGAGGAGGAGGAGGAGGAGGAGGAGGUCAUUCGACUCCAGUGGCACCUCGCACGCACAACGCUACUGCCGUUGGGAGGAGGACAACCACUGGUGCAAAUGGUGGCGGCCUCGCGUGUACUAAUACUGGUACUAACCGGGAUGAUAAUCAAGGUGGGAAUGACCAUAACCACGAUCAUGGUCAUGAUGUUCUCGAUCACCGAAGUAGCUGGCAGGAAUCCAUGGCGAUGUCUCAGACAGCACUGCCAGGUGAAUAUCGUGCCCGUCAUAGUCGGCGUCGCUCAGGACAUGUGCAGGAAAGGGAUGAGAAGUGGCGUGAAGAUUCUCAUCCUGCCAGUGGGAGCACAGUCUGGGGGGAUGCUGAUGUCGAUCAUGGGUUUGGAGGCGAUGGGAACGGGGAAAUGAUCGGAUGGCAGAGGACGUCAACGAGCAGCCUACCUGAUGACUGGCAAGCAAUCGUUGCCGAGAUGAAGUACCGAGUUGCAGAGUCCGAAAAGAAUCUUGCACGUCCUCUCAGCUCUGUUCCGGUGUCGUCGAAUGGCAAUCAUAGCAUCCGAUCCAUUGCAACGAGUUCUGUCCCGGUAUCAAAUGGAAGUCACUGUGGCGUUGUCACUACAAGUACUAGCAGAAGUAGCAGCCAUAGCUGCUGCAGCAAUUCAGGCGUCUGUUGCGGCAGCGGCGGUACUGGUACUAGUUGUAGUGAGGAGAAGAGCCGAAGGAAGGAGAACCCAAUGGAGGACAGUCCAGAUCUUGUGCGCUGUCAAAGAGGAGAUUCUGAAGGCUUCCACGGUCUAGAUUCCGUUCACUCUCAAGGAGACAAAGACGUCCAAGCAGAAGCAACUGCAACCACACCGACAUCGAGAGUAGCAGGAAAAGAAGAAGACAAAGAAAAAGGAGAAGGAGGAGGAGGAGGGGGAGGAGGAGGAGGAGGAGGAGGAGGAGGAGGAGGAGGAGGAGGAGGAGAAGUCGCACGUGCUGAGAAGAAGAAGAUUGCACAGCAGUGGCAGCCCCUUUGGACAGGGAGAACGCCGGCAGACGAGGAGAGCCUAGCCCAGGCAACAGCCUGGCUCCACAGCGCAGCAAUCAAUGGUGAUGAUUCGGCCCAAGCGUUGCUUGCGGACUGCUUCAUGGAAGGAAGAGGUGUGCAUCGCAACGAGCUGGAAGCCUUCUUUUGGUACAGGAAAGCGGCAGAGGCAGGCCACCCGGGGGCGCAAAAUGCGCUUGGCUGGUGCUAUCUCAACGGGACGGGUGCCAACGUCCAUGAGAAGACGGCAAUCGCCUGGUUUCGAAAAGCCAUCGAGAAGGACAACUCCUCGGCUCAAAACAACCUCGGGCUGUGCUAUUAUGAAGGAUGGGGAGUGGAGCAGAACCUGGAGAUGGCGGCUACGUGGUUCCAGCGAGCGGCCGAACAAGGGAAUCCUCUGGCCCAAUGCAACCUGGGCCUGUGCUACUGGCAUGCGCGGGGCGUGCGGCAGAAUUUGGAACUGGCAGAGCAAUGGCUGAGAAGAUCAGCGCAUCUGUCAGACUCCAGAGCUCAAAGAGAACUGGCGAUACUGCUGAUGGAGAAGGCUUCGGUCGUUCCCAGGCUGUCACCGAGGGCGGAGGGCGCUGAAGUUGCUGAACUGCCUUCCCUCCGCCGCCCAACCGCAAAACAGUACUGUAACAAAGUUUGACAUCAUCAUCAUCAUCAUCAUCAUCACAGACUCUGAGCUGGUCGUUCAAGGUGUGCAGGUGGACCACCUCCCUGCUCCCUCAGGCUGAGCUGUUCUAGGCAACCUCUCAGGGCCUGGAGCAAUGGAGCAUCGCAUCAACUUCGAUCAAUGACAUUAAAUUUUUUACUUUUCUUUUCUAAGUUCGAAACUUUGCAUUUGAAUUU